CAACCCAAGGAGAAGACACACGAGUGUCCGCAGUGUAACAAAGCGUUCAGACAUAAGGGCAAUCUGAUGAGACAUCUGGCCAUUCAUGAUCCCGACGCCUACAAAGACCAGAACAUAAACUUCAGUCGAAUGAACGAUUCCGGGCAGUUGAUCGAUGACGACGAUGAGGAGGAGGACGAGGACGACCUCAUUGUUCCCAAUGAGAGCGAUGAGGAACAGACACUUUCGUUCACAUUAGACCCGCAGACGCAACAGAUAUUGCAGAACACAAAUGGAGAGCAAGUGGUUGUGUUCGAAGUGGUGCAGCUCAACAACAGCGGCAACGACAACGACGGCACUAUACUUCCCGACAACCAAUUGGUCGAACACAUGAAUGUCAUGCAGGCCUCGACCUCCAAAGGCAAAGGAAAGGCUCGCUAUUCGUUUGCCCGACAAAAUGGUGCCAAUAGUUCCAAUGAUAAUUUUAUUAUUCAAUUGUCUGCUGAAGACGAAGAAGCGGCCAAUACUAUACAAGAGGACAGCAUAAUUGAAGACCCAGACUAUAUGCCUAAACCCAAUAUUAGACUAUCAUCCGCUCCGAGCNUGCUGAAGACGAAGAAGCGGCCAAUACUAUACAAGAGGACAGCAUAA